GCUGAGCGGCGCCGAGUCAGCACUGCUUCAGCCAACUGCUAGUGUACACCGGGCUAAGUGUAUCUACGAUAUAAUGUGACCGAACCUGUUGAGGAUUAUUGCUGAUUGUAAAGGAUGUGUGCACGUGUACGAUUCAUGGCAACAGUUCAUUCGCUUGUCAGCUUAGGCCUUUGCCUAACUUCGAAAUCAGGAGGAGGUCCGAAAUCGUUUCCCAAGGAGGAACCGUUCAACUUAACUUCUCUAUUCACCGACAAUGAGGACAGGUCCUUGCAAGACCUUUCUGGUUUCUGGAGCUACAAUGAUUCCUCGGACAUUUCCAAGUAUGAGGACUUCGAUCACUCCAAGCUUCUUGACAAUCCCAAGUUGAAGCUGGCCAUAGAGCUUCCUGAGGAUUAUGAGAGAUUGGAGUUCCAGAGUUCUCCAGCUCCCUACGAAGUCCCAGUGUUUGACACGUCCCUGACAACUAAUAUCUCAGUACAAUUAGGAGGAACAGCAACCUUCUACUGCAGAGUCAGAAACACACGAGAAGACAGGGUGUCAUGGGUUCGAAGAAGAGACUGGCACAUCCUCAGUUCAGGGACGAUGACCUACACCAAUGAUGAGAGGUUCCAAGUCGUACAUGUGGACAGUACAGACGACUGGGACCUACAGAUCAAAUAUGUGCAGAGGAGAGAUAAUGGCACAUACGAAUGCCAGGUUGGGACCAAGUUUGGAAUACUCUCACAUUACUACAACCUCCAUGUAAUCGUCCCUACAGCAUUCAUCCUGGGCAGCGGAGAAUAUCAUAUUGGGGAGGGCAGCACUAUCAGCCUCGUCUGUAUCAUAGAGAAUAGCCCAACUCCACCACAGUAUGUGUUCUGGUAUCACAACGACAAGAUGGUCAACUACGACUCAGUCAGAGGCGGAGUCACUGUAGACACAGAGCCAGGACCCAAGACACACAGCAGACUCAUAGUCAACAAGGCCACCCCAGCGGACACUGGCAACUACACCUGCAGAGCUCCAAACACAGACCCUGACACCAUCUACGUGUUCGUCAGUAAAGAAGGUGAGAACACUGCUGCAAUUUCGCGGCCUGACAGUGCAAGUAACUUUAGACCACUGCGAAGAUCGUCCCUCGCUUUCUUUUCAAUCUUCUUCAUUUUGUUUACCAAUUUGUAUAACUGAAUAUAAACACUUUUCUACGGACCCACUUUAAAUAAAGUAUUUUAUUAGAA